AUUUGUCAAAUUUGUUUGCCGCAAAAAUUUGCCGUAUGUCAAAACCUAUUAAUAUCUUGAAACUAUUUAAAAACUUGAUCAUUUUGAAUAAUUUUUUCAUUUUUCACUAUAAAGUUUGAAAAAUACGUACAAUAUUCAUAAUUGUUAUCAUUCAGUAUGAAUUCAUGAGAACGUUGGCUAGCUUGGUUAUCCAAGAAUCUGGGGACGCGUGCGAGUCCUUGACUAGCAAACAUGGCCGGCAGAAGUGGUUAUGAUGAUCGUGAUAGCAGGGAUUAUGGUGGAGGCGGGAGAAGAAGCGGUAAAAAACCUUUUCCCACAGAGCCUCCUUUCACAGCGUUUAUAGGUAACUUACCAACAGGAAUAGUUCAGGGAGAUGUUCAUAAGAUCUUUCCUCUGUUGAAAGUAAAAAAUGUACGGCUGGUUAUGGACAAAGAAACUGACAAAUUUAAAGGAUUUUGUUAUGUGGAAUUUGAAUCAUUGGAAGAUCUUGAAAGUGCUGUUGAAAUGGAUGGAGGAGUAGAAGUCGAAGGCAAUGUGGUCAAAAUUGAUGUUGCUGAAGGUAAACGAAACGAUAGAGGUGGUGGAUUUGAUCGAAGAGGAAAUCGGGGAUUCAGAGGAGGAGGAGGAGGUGGAGGAGGACGUUCUGGUGGUGACCAUCGAUCUUACGACGAUUACGAUCGUAGGGGCGGAGGAAAUCGGGGGAAUUAUGCAGACAGGGGUGGUCAUCGAGGCAAUUACGGAAAUUUCAGUGAAGAUGGCGGUGGUGGUGGUGGUGGUGGUGGCAGAGAAUGGGGUAGGGGCGGCCACAAACCCGGCGGGUUCGGAGGUGGCUCCGGUGGUGGAGGAGUAGGCGGAGGUGGUUUCGGCGGUACAGGGCGACCGCGGCAGGAGAGGAAGCUUAACAACGACGACUUGCCAAAUCCUACGGCAGAUACAAGUGGUAGGCCGAAAUUAAAGUUGCAGCCGAGGACGGUUUCAGCACCUGUCAAUGCAGUCGCCGAAACGUCGCAGACGUCGACGAUAUUUGGGGGCGCGCGACCGCGGGAGGAAAAUAUUGAAAAGAAACACGAGGACAAAAAUUAAAAUGCAAGAAUAGAACAGUAAGAAAGAAGAAAAAGAACGAACUUUGGUGUGUCUAUUUAACUAGUUUAUAUUGUGAAUUAUUAUUUAAAAAAAAAUAUUUUAAAAAAACGGUGAAAUUUUCAAUUGUGAACAAGAGUUAUGCAGCACAUCCAGACUUGUGUGUUUGUGCUGGAUAAAAAAGAUAUACCAAAAAAUGAAUGGUUGUUUUGUUAAUUACAUUUUUACUUUUACAUACAGUAUGCUAUUCGGUAUUAGUGCUAUUUGAUUCAUUUUUUUUAAACGAUCAACAAAAUAUUUUUUGUGGCAUUGCAUUUUAAAUAACUCGGUAAAUCGGGAUAAAUAUGACUACUAUGUCCCUCGCGUUUUCUUUUUUUUUUUUUGUAUUUAACGUUAGUUUUUGACACUUUGGUCGUCGUUUUUGAUCCUUACAUACUUAGCUAUAGGUAAUAAUGAUAAUAUAAUGAUAAUUGUAAUUAGGCAGUGUAAAGAUGGGACAAAUACUUGCGCGCGUUCGUUUAAAAACAUUUUUACACUGCUUCUACGUGUGUUUGCACAUAUUGUGUAAACUAGUAAACCUCGUGUACAAUGUAUGAUAAAUUCAAUAAAAAAAUCUGUUGCUUUCGA